AUUUAUGCUACCUGUCACUACCGGAUUCAUAGGACUUGUGCUUUGCUACCAAGAAUCAACCAUCGAAAGCCUGACCAGCAUCCUCUUUCUCUUUGCAUAUUCCUUUCCUAUAGAAAUUCUGCAAUUUCCUCGACCUUUGCCUGUAUUUUGUUUGGCUUUGUCCCGUCAUUUUAUUUGCUUAUUUCAGCUAAAUCAAGGAGAUGUAUAAUAUUAUCUCUGAUGUUUGCCGGAGAGGUCCAAUUUCAUCGCACUCCCAAGCUUGAGGACCUGUGGCAGCUAUUGAUCAUAUAGUUAGUUAAUCCCUAUAGCAAAUGAUCUCAAAAAAUAAUAAUAAUAAAUAAGUGCAUAAAAGAUCAAAGAUUCCAAAAUCUGAGGAGUUGUUCACAAGACAAGACUGGCUCCACCACUGUCCUUUACUUUACUCAGGGCAUAACAUUUCUCAAAUGGUCCAGUCAAGAUCAGCAGCACUCCAGCCAGGAUAAGCAUUUUUGACGUUUUGCCGACAUUAAAACGACAAAAGACAUGGAGGGGGAGCUGAAACACUUUAGCCAUGAAAAGCAUCCUCUCAUCCUCGCUACUCAGCUCCAGCAGGAUGAUCAGAAACCUAUUCAUAGUAGUGUCUGCUACGGCUGUCAAAAACCAAUUCUUGAAGAGCCCACAUACAAAUGCAGCGAAUGCAACAUCUUCCUCCACAAAACAUGUGCCGAGCUGCCAAGGGAGAUGUUGCAUCAUCCCCUGCACCUUGACCAUCCACUCAAACUCCUGCCAAAUUCACCUUAUCCCAAAGACAGAAGCUGCUUGUGCGACGCCUGUAGACAACCAUGGAAUAGCUUCGUCUAUCAUUGUUAUCGUUGCAAUUUCGACCUCGAUAUCUUGUGUGCUUUUCCUCAAGGCAAAUUGGAACAUCCUAGCCAUGAACAUCUACUGACUCUGGUACAAAGAAUAGCUUCGUUCGCUUGCGAUGCUUGUGGAACAAAAGAGGAGCAGCAAUCCUAUAUUUGUACAGCCUGUACAUUCUGGAUCCAUAGGAGUUGUGCCUUGUUGCCGACUAUCAACCAUCGAAAGCCUCAUCAGCAUCCUCUUUCUCUUGCAUAUUGUUUUCCGAUUGAAUAUCGUAGAUAUGAAAUUCCGUGUGACAUCUGCUUCAAGAAAAUACCCUUCCAAAAUUGGCUGUACUAUUGCGGUCCCUGUAGAUACUUUGUCCAUCUCAAGUGCAUGACGAAUGACAGGAUUCUACCGAAGCAGGCGUGGAAUGCAUGGACCAAAGGGUUGUAUACUUUUGAUGUCAAGUGUGCUUUAUUACCCUCCACAAUCGAUCACAAAGCCCACGAGCAUUCCCUUGUUCAAACGUAUAGGGGCGAUGGCAACAAAUGCAACUCCUGUGGAAAUGUUGUUCGUAGUUUUCUUUAUGCCUGUGAGCCUUGUGGUUUCUAUUUGAACUAUGAAUGUGCUUUGCUACCAGAGAGUGUCAAUCACAGGUGGGAUAAACACACUCUUCCCCUAAGCUUUCCUCCUUUCAGUGACCGCCCUGAUGAAUUCUAUUGUGAGAUUUGCGAAGAAGAAAUUCAUCCCAGACGUUGGCACUAUCAUUGUCGCGAGUGUGAUCAAUCUUUUCACCCUCGUUGUAUCCCCGGACUUGGUGUGACACGAAAUUGCAAUUUUGGGCGCAUUCUUGAAUUUGGAAGACAUCCGCACCCUCUCAAGUUAGUUCGUGAAGGUGAAUAUCGUUCCACCUGCGACUCUUGCCAUGAACGGAUGUAUGGCAACAGGGUGUUUAAAUGUGAAACUUGCCAGUUCUAUAUAUGCAUUAAAUGUGUAGCAAGAGUAGCUGAUUCUGGCAAAGUCGUUGGUCCUGCUAAGAUUUCUGAGUGGUGUGUUUAA